AUGGGCGAUACAGCUCGCAUUGAAGAGCUCUUGAAAAGACCUCUAUAUGUCUAUGAUCUUCCACAGGAGCUUCUUGCGACCCUAAGCGCAAAAACUGCCAAUCAACCUGUCACCGAACAGAACCCCGAGGACGAUUCUAAAGACCCUGAGGUCGCAGCGCAAGAAUCUGCAAUCGCUACUUCGACACAAUGCUCUCUUUGCAAAGUUUCCUACCGAAACGUACAGGAACAGCGCAGCCACGUUCGCUCAGACCACCAUCGGUAUAAUCUCAAAUCUCAACUGCGUGGGACCGCGCCUCUAGACGAGGUCCAGUUUGCGAAGGCGGUCGGAGAUCUCGACGAGUCUAUAUCUGGAUCUGAGACAUCGGAGUCCGAAGAGGAGGAUGCCGAAACUACACUUACAGCUUUGCUCAAAAAGCAGGCUAAGCUAUCAGAGACAAAAGAGGAAGGUGACACAGCCGUGAAGGGUACACCGAAGAAUCCGCUGUUUUGGUUUUCGAGCUCCAGUCUGCCGUCGAACAAAUCGCUGGGUGUCUACAGAGCGAUCUUCUCCAAUGCUGAACAAGAUGAGCCAGGCCACUUGGUGGACACAAUACGGAAGAAACAACUGGCCCCGGUCAACGCGCGCACGAACAAUGCGCAAGCCCAGCAAAAGCCGACCGCCACAGGUCCCCAUAUUUUCAUGUGUAUGAUUGGAGGUGGCCAUUUUGCUGCGAUCCUGGUGUCUCUAGCGCCGGAAAUCCACCGCAAGCAGGGAGGUGUUGAGGAGAGACAAGCGCGAGUUAUUGCACACAAAACAUUCCACCGAUAUACCACUCGACGAAAGCAGGGUGGCUCCCAGUCUGCUAGCGAUGCUUCUCGGGGAGCUGCACACUCUGCUGGUUCCAGUCUACGUCGCUACAACGAAGCUGCGCUUGAGAAGGACAUCCGAGAAUUAUUAGCGGACUGGCGACAAAUGAUUGAUACAUCCGAGCUGUUGUUCAUUCGUGCUACUGGAAAGACGAACCGGAGGAUUCUGUUUGACAAGUACGAGGGCCAGGUUCUCAAGCAGAACGACCCCCGAGUCCGGGGUUUCCCAUUUAACACCCGCCGAGCGACCCAAAGCGAGCUUAUGCGAUGCUUCAAAGAGUUAACCCGGGUGAAGGUCAGCGAGGUUGACGAGGCCGCUCUGGCUGCAGCUGCGGCAAAGCAGAAAGAGAAGGAGGAGCCCAAGCCAUCCACACCUCGCCCACAACCACAAAAGCCGAAGGUGUCUAAAGAGGAAGAGGCUGCACAGUUGCACACAACCCAGAUCCAGGCCCUGAUUCGCCGGUCUAAGGUUCCUGCCCUAAUGUCAUAUUUCUCCAACAACUCGAUACCCUCAUCAUUUACAUUCCAGCCUACCGACUCACCGCAGAACUUCCGUUGUCCCACCCCUCUUCACCUGGCAGCGAGCUUGAAUGCACCGGCUAUUGUUACAGCACUGCUCACUAGAGCCAAUGCGGAUCCUACAGCCACCAACAACGAAGGCAGGUCUCCAUUUGAGCUCGCAGGUGAUAGGCCCACUCGUGAUGCAUUCCGGGUGGCCCGCCAUGAGCUGGGUGAAUCUAAAUGGGAUUGGGCUUCGGCUAAGGUCCCAUCUGCUGUAUCCAAGGCUGACGCAGAUACACGGGCUGAACGAGAGCGAAAGGCUGCAGAGGAAGAGGAGACGAACCGUCGCAAGGCUGAUUUGGGGCGGCUGAAGAAGGAGGAUGCUGAACGAGAGGCACAGAUGGCUGCUACUAAGCCUGGUCGCACUCUUGGUGCCGUUGAGAAGACAGCCGCGGAGAAGCGUGAUGAGGAGACACGAGGCAUGACACCGGAAAUGAGGAUGAGAUUAGAAAGAGAACGACGAGCCAGAGCUGCUGAAGAACGCUUCCGCCGGAUGCAAGGUAGCUAA